AUGUUCGAGACGGCGGCAGCGACGGCGACAGCGACGCAGCGCAGCGAUGAUGCAGCAAUAGCAGCAGCAGCAGCAGCAGCGGCGGCAGCAGCACUGGCCGACAAUUCGCUGGGUAGCGUGCCGGAGGGUGGAUUCGCUUUGCUGAGCACGGCGCCGCAGAAUGCUUCACUGGCGCACAUGGGUAGCGUGCCGGAGGGUGGAUUCGCUUUGCUGAGCACGGCGCCGCAGAAUGCCUCACUGGCGCACAUGGUCACUGCGGUGGCCUUCGACCCAUACGAAGAGUUGCUGUGGACUGCUAAUGACGCGGGUCGCGUUGUAUCAUUCUACGGUGCGCAGCUGGAAAAGUAUACAGCAUUUCUGUCGGCAGCAAACUCGGACGUUCGCGCCUUGCUUACUUCCGAAGCGAUCACAUUCUCAUUAACACCGCUUCGUUUAAAAGCUAACCGUCGCCAGGGAAUCUCGUUGUUCUCACAUACCUCGGAUCACAUGACUGAUUUGACGUGCCUUCAUCGGCUUCCCAAUGCACCACAUAAAUUGCUACUUGGUGGCAAUCAGCAACAAAUUAUUCAGUUCGAUGUGGAAACGCAGAAGGAAAUACGAAUCGCAUUUGUUAAACAGAAAAACUGCUUGGCAUUACGAUCAAAUCAGAAAUUUUUGUUCAGCUCAGAUUCCGAAGGGAACAUUACUCUGCGUCAUAUGACAACAGUGGACGCUUUGCAUGCUUUACAAGCGCAUCAGGGAUCGGUCGCUGAUUUCGAUGUCUCUGGCAAUAAACUUAUCACAUGCGGUUAUUCACCGAGGAUGGGUAAACUCACAGGCGAUCGAUUUUUGAUGGUUUAUGAUUUGAGGACAUUGCGUAGCUUGCCACCAGUACCUCUCCCAAUGGCACCUUCUUUCUGUCGAUUUUUGCCGUCAUAUUCUGAUAGUCGGAUCAUGGUUUGCUCUCAGGCAGGUGAAUUCAUAGUGAUGAAUUUGAAUGAGCAGUCGAGCCAGAUACCGAUCCAGCUGGAUACGAAUGGCUUCGCAAUAACAUGUCUUGAUAUCUCAGUUUCAAAACGAUGCAUUGCAUUUGGUGACCAAACAGGUCUUGAUUACAGGCAGUCCGAUCCAGUGCCGCAGAAAGUUAUGGAAUCGAUGCGGAUGGUGCAGUUUGUUGGCUAUGCGCAUAACCCUCGGGCUGAUACACUGCUGCGUGGCUUCAAC